GCUAGUACUCUAGUAGUACAUAAUAGUAUUGAAGAAAGGCUUCUCUUGAUUUUGUAGGACUAAAGUCUACGACAAUGAGAUGCAAUUGAUGUUUUCAUUCAAGAGACAGAGAUUCUCAACGUCUGGUUUUCUUGUCGGACUGAGCAGGCGAUGGAUAUGUAGCCAGAGGGGACGAACCGUGAUGAGCUUUGGGGAUGGAAGCCACGGAGCUUUGGGCCUCCCGAUGCCCAUAGUGGGGUUAGGCUCUGAUGUUUACGAGCCUACUCCCAUUUCGUGCCUCCCUUGUGAUGUCACCAGCAUAGCUGCCGGCCACUUUCACUCUAUCGCUGUUACACGCGAGGGUCAUGUUUAUUCAUGGGGCCGUAACACUGAAGCUCAGCUUGGUCGUCACCAUCUUUCCCCUAGAGAAAAAUGGAAUGAACCGAAGAGGGUAGAAGGGCUAGAUAAAGUGAGGGUUCGAUCUGCAUUUGCUUCUGGUGUUGUCUCUGCUGCCCUUGCAGAGGACGGGUCUCUGUGGGUCUGGGGGAGUUCUAAAAAUGGGCAGCUUGGUCUCGGGGAAGGACUCACAAAGGCUGUUUUACCCUCCAGGGUUGAAACACUUGCUGGAGAACAUAUAGUUAAGGCAUCAUUUGGUUGGGGGCAUGCUCUAGCAAUGUCUGCAAGUGGGAAAUUGUUCGGAUGGGGAUAUUAUGCAGAUGGGAGGAUAGGGAAGAUCGGGAAAGAGUUGGAAAUCUCCCCAUUGGAGGAAGAGAAAUCUCCUCAACUCAAAUCGCCCGAGAAGACUUUCAUCUCAGCAGAAGAAGCUGCCGAGCAGUCGGUUUUCGAAGCCAUAGAGAAGGAAAAAGAUAUGCCCAUUAUAUGGAAGCCCGGUUUAGUUGAGGAGCUACUCGGGGUGACAGUUGAAGACAUCGCUUGCGGGCUUGACCACUCUUUGGUUGUUUGCAGUAAGCUGUCAUAAAUAACACUCCUUGUGCUUGUACCUUUACAUUGUUCAUGCUAUUGUGCUUACUUUGAGCGGGGGUCUCUUGGGAACAUUCUCACUACUUCCAAGUAGGGGUAAGGUUUGCUACACACAUGCUCCUCAGACCCCACUCUUAUGGGAUUUUGAUUUUGAUUUUUCAUUACUCUCCUCCCAAACAAGGACUACGAGGUAAAAGCCUAUUCUUUUCGUGUUAAAUUUAGCCGAAAUGUAGAAUCUAGAUACUUGGAUUAUGAAGUUGUUAAAAAACACUCCCGAAGUCCCGAACAUGUCCGUUAUAUUUGUGAAGCGUAGAACAAAAAAAAGAUUGAAUUUUUAUGAUUUUCAGGCGAUGGCACACUCCUAAGUGGGGGAAGCAAUGCAUAUGGGCAGCUAGGAAGGACAAGUCAAGAUUUGGGACUUCACCCCGUGGACAUAGGUGGCUUCCGUGCCUCGAGCGUAGCUUCGGGUUUAGGGCACUCCUUGGCGGUUUGCGAGGACCCUUCGUCCGGACCAAAGGUAUUUUCGUGGGGAUGGAACCAAAGUUGUCAACUUGGGAGGCAAUGUCCUGCGGUGGCAUUAGGGCACAUUCCCCUACUGGUCGAAGGGCUAGAGGGUGAGACCCCUAAAUCGGUGUCCGCCGGGAGGGCACAUUCUCUUGUGGUCACAACUAAGAAUGAGGUUUGGGCUUGGGGCUGUGGUAAAAAUGGAAGGUUAGGGUUGUGUAGUUCUGCAGAUGAAGCUGAGCCAAUGCUAGUGGAUUUUUGUCAAGAUUUUGAAGUGUUGGAAGCUGUGGCUGGGCUUGAUCAUACUUUGGUUCUUGGAGAAAUUGUCUCUUAACUCCAAGAAAAUUGUUCAAAUGAAAUUCACAGUUUUUUUAAAAUCAUUAAUAACUGUCUGUAUUACAAUGUAAUAUCUGUUCAUACUUUUUCUCAACGUAUUGAAACUUAGAGAGUAAUCACAUCUAUUGGGAUUAAACAUGUAACCUCUUAUUUAAGAAAGACACUAUCUUUUA